GUCCUUCAGCUCGAAGGGACCGAGUUGCUAUAAUGAAAAGUAUCAAUAUGGCGGUUUCACAAAGACAAAUAUGAGCAAAUACAUAAUUGUAUAUUGGUAUAUACUUCUAUAUACUGUACUUAAGACGGUCUUAGUGUUACAGAAUAUUACUGACCAUGAACAAGAUGAAGAAGAAGCUGCCUGAGCAGAUCCUGAAUCACAUCCUGGAGAUUCUCUACCUGCUGACGGGAGAGCGUGUGACUAACUCACUGACAGCGAGUGACAUGACCGGGGACAAGAUGACAACAGAGAGGAUACUGACCCACACCCUGCAGAUCAUGUACCUGCUGACAGGGGAGGUGCCUAUAAAGUGUGAUGAUGUUGCUGUGUAUUUCUCUAUGGAGGAGUGGGAGUAUAAAGAGGGACACAAGGAGCUUUACAAGGACGUCAUGAUGGAGACUCAACAAGCACUAAGGACUAUGGAGAUCCCAGGAAAUGAGAGCUCAGAACUAACAGGUCACAGAGAUGAAAAUCUAGACACAGGAGCACAAGGAGAACUUGUACAGGAUAUUCAGCCAUCAGAUGUCUCUGCAAGUGAGUGAUCUAUUGUAUAAGCUUCACACUUUAAAAAAAACCACCUGAUUCUGUUAUUAUUUCACCCUAUAAAAAUAAUGAACCUCAGUACAGACAGAUUGCAAUGCUAAAAUCUAUUUGGUACAUAAACCUACCUUGUCUUCUCUCUCACCCUCUGAUUUAUGUAAAUGGUACACACACCCUCUAGUCUCUUCACUCUCACCCUCGGAUUUAUGUAAAUGGUACACACACACACCCUCUAGUCUCUUCACUCUCACCCUCUGAUUUAUAUAAAUGGUACACACACACCCUCUAGUCUCUUCACUCUCACCCUCUGAUUUAUGUAAAUGGUACAAACACACACCCUCUAGUCUCUUCACUCUCACCCUCUGAUUUAUGUAAAUGGUACACACACACCCUCUAGUCUCUUCACUCUCACCCUCUGAUUUAUGUAAAUGGUACAAACACACACCCUCUAGUCUCUUCACUCUCACCCUCUGAUUUAUGUAAAUGGUACACACACACCCUCUAGUCUCUUCUCUCUCACCCUCUGAUUUAUAUAAAUGGUACAAACACACACCCUCUAGUCUCUUCACUCUCACCCUCUGAUUUAUGUAAAUGGUACACACACACCCUCUAGUCUCUUCACUCUCACCCUCUGAUUUAUGUAAAUGGUACACACACACCCUCUAGUCUCUUCUCUCUCACCCUCUGAUUUAUGUAAAUGGUACAUACACACCCUCUAGUCUCUUCACUCUCACCCUCUGAUUUAUGUAAAUGGUACACACACACCCUCUAGUCUCUUCACUCUCACCCUCUGAUUUAUAUAAAUGGUACACACACACACCCUCUAGUCUCUUCUCUCUCACCCUCUGAUUUAUGUAAAUGGUACACACACACCCUCUAGUCUCUUCACUCUCACCCUCUGAUUUAUGUAAAUGGUACACACACACCCUCUAGUCUCUUCACUCUCACCCUCUGAUUUAUAUAAAUGGUACACACACACCCUCUAGUCUCUUCACUCUCACCCUCUGAUUUAUAUAAAUGGUACACACACACCCUCUAGUCUCUUCACUCUCACCCUCUGAUUUAUGUAAAUGGUACACACACACACCCUCUAGUCUCUUCACUCUCACCCUCUGAUUUAUAUAAAUGGUACAUACACACCCUCUAGUCUCUUCACUCUCACCCUCUGAUUUAUAUAAAUGGUACACACACACACCCUCUAGUCUCUUCACUCUCACCCUCUGAUUUAUAUAAAUGGUACACACACACCCUCUAGUCUCCUCACUCUCACCCUCUGAUUUAUGUAAAUGGUACACACACACCCUCUAGUCUCUUCACUCUCACCCUCUGAUUUAUAUAAAUGGUACACACACACACACCCUCUAGUCUCUCCACUCUCACCCUCUGAUUUAUAUAAAUGGUACACACACACACCCUCUAGUCUCUUCACUCUCACCCUCUGAUUUAUGUAAAUGGUACACACACACACACCCUCUAGUCUCUUCACUCUCACCCUCUGAUUUAUAUAAAUGGUACACAC